CUGAGCAAGGCGGCGCAGACCCGGAAGUGACUUCAACGUUGUGGAAACGUGAGGCGAUUGUGUGGAGCUGCUCACAUUUCAAUUCGCUGAAAAGAGUUAAGAAGCCGAAACCUAAUAAAACAUGAGUUUGUUAAACAAGCCCAAAUCUGAGAUGACUCCAGAGGAGCUCCAAAAGCGAGAGGAGGAAGAGUUUAACACCGGUCCACUUUCAGUACUCACCCAGUCUGUGAAGAACAACACACAGGUUCUUAUCAACUGCCGCAACAAUAAGAAGCUAUUGGGCAGAGUCAAAGCAUUCGACAGGCAUUGUAACAUGGUUCUAGAGAAUGUGAAAGAAAUGUGGACGGAGGUGCCCAAAAGUGGCAAGGGCAAGAAGAAGUCAAAGCCAGUCAACAAGGAUCGGUACAUCUCAAAGAUGUUCCUGAGAGGCGAUUCAGUCAUCGUGGUGCUGAGAAACCCACUCAUCACCGGGAAAUAAACCUGACGUGUAACGCAUCUGUUCAAGUACAGGUGAUCUCCUGGACACUCAUACACCAGCUCACCUGUGAGCUCAACUCUCAUUGACUUACCAGCCCGUGUUAAAGUGUUAAUUAGACCUUUGAGCAGAUUAAGUCUUUUGCACUCAAGGAACAGUGCAUAUGCAACAAUUGUAUUUUGAUGGGAAAUCUUUAGCAUCAUUUUGAGAGAUUGUCUGGUCAAAGAAAAGAUGCAAAGAAGAUGCCAUUUGAACCUUUUUUGUUUAAGUUGUAUAAAAAUGUGCUUUUUUUCUAAAUAAACGUUUGGAUAUUCAAACCUCUAAAUCUAUUGUAUGAUUCUAUCAGAAAUUAACCAUUAACAGACAAAGCAGAAAGAGUGCUCCUCAGACAAAAGUUUCACGUUGCCGUUUGUCCUCUUUCCUCCCCUCUCACUGUCUGCUGCCCCUCUCAUCCUCUCUGUCCCCCUCCCUUCAUCUGACUCAUUUGGUAGAGUCCCUUGGCAGCAGCUUGGGUGUCAGUGUAGAUUUCAGCAGGCAGCACUCAAUAAGUGACAAACUGCCGUUUAAAGCGCUCUGCAUUAUUAAUGUGACCAGAUGUGCUGACUGUCACUUCACACCCCUGCCCUCCACUGUGGGCUCCGCUGACCCCUCGUACUAAAAGACAUUUUAAACCAUUCCUUUUUGUUAAAACUGAUUUGAUGUUUUUGAAAAUUACAGAAAUGUAUGUUUUGAAAAAUUAGAAUAGGCUUUCUGAAUGGGGUUUACCAUGGUAAAAAAAAAAAUCUAGAUUUAAUUGUUUUAAAAGUAUAUAUGGACAAAAUGGUUAUCUCAGGACUUGACCUGAGAGGACAGUCUCAGGAAAUCACUUAAAUAUUCAGUGGAACGGUGAAAAUUUAACACUGUAUCAGUUUGGGUUAUUGUGAUCCACUGGUAUCAUAUUUAUUCAUUUAUUUUAAUGUGUUUUAAUACAAAGCUGGAUAAAAACAAAUGUAAACUGAUGGAAUCUGCUUCGUUAAAUUAUAUCAAUUGUUAAUAAGGGUUAGAUUA